GUAGGAGAGUUAUGUCCGAUAAUCAAGGUGUAGCUUAAAUACAUUCUCUAGUAUAAUUGUUUCUUGGUUACUCGAUAAUUAAGAGAACCGAGGGGGAUUCCAUCUUGGCAUGAGCAUGUUAGAUUUGGUUACUUAGAUUUGGCACAAAGGAGGUUAGGUGUGAUGCCUUACAACCUAUUUAUCUCAUUGAUCAAAGUCUCUAUUAUAUUUUAUUUUUAUUAGCUUAGUUUAUUUUUGUGCAACUUAGUUUACUUUAUAAAUAAUUAAAAUCAACCAAGCCGAUUCACCACUUUACCAUUGUAAAUAUCAUUAUUGAUAGUUUUGGCUUCCAAAGGGCCGAGACUAUUAAUUUGUAAAAAGAUAGACUCGCAUGUGUUUUUCUAGGUUUCUUUUCACGGUGAUCUAGUUAGGGUAGAGUUACUCAAUCCCUUGGGUACGAUACUCUCACUUUCCCUUUACUUAAACUUGACCUCCUAUACUUGGGAGUGGGGCACAUCAUACACAAAUUUGCACAUAGUUUUCAUACUCAUGAUGCACCCAACAAAGGAUAUCUAAAAAUCCUCCGAGUGAUGAUUAUGUAAAACCAAAUUCAUGCUCACAAACAUAUGCACACGAGCUCGACAAUAACCAUACUUGAAUUAAUAUUUUACCUUCAGCUAUGACUAGCAUGAAUUCCAUCUCUGCAGCACUGCAAACACAAGAUCAACUGAAUAUAGCCUUCUGUUACUUACCAACCUUACUUCUCAAUGGAUAGAAUUUAUGCAAUAUAUCAUGGUGGUAGCAAGGGCCAAAUUCAUUUAUUUAUAUAGGAUAGUUAACCCUUAGAAUCCUUCCAUGCAUUAAGGUAAUUCUUAAGGGACAAGUCUCCUAAUUAGAAUCCUAAUGUAUCACAGUCUUGAAGCCUUUCUUGUAGACUAAGUAAUUAAUGGAAUUCUAACCUUAAUGAAUAGAUAUACAGUUUCAUUAAGUUAUUAGAUUUGAUUAACAAUUUGUAUUCAUGUUAAAGUAGGUUUGACAUUAAGCUAAUCAUGAUAAUGUGUGACAAGUCCACAUUUAAUUCUAACAGAUUAAUCUCCUUUAUUUACUCUACAUUUAUUGGAUGUAGGUACUAGGUUGUAAUAUUGUAGUCUAAUCAUAACGUCGUCGUCCUUAACGUAAAGAUGCCCCUCCACAUGAAAACUAACAAUAAGAUGGGAUACUAUAUUGAUUAACCAAUGUAUCAAAAUUGUGUUGAUCGAAUACUAAAACCCAAUUAGAUUAAUUGCUCAUUGCUAGAUUAGUGUAACAUGCAUUCCUUGUUCCCAGCGGUUCCUUCGUACCCAGGCCAAUAGAUGAUCACCAACUAUUUUCUACUAGGUACUCUAGGCCAAUCGCUGAUCAGACACCUCUAGCUAGCCCACCAAGUCAUUACAGUGUGCUGAUAGAUAUUCGAUCAGAACGGUUUCUCAAGUUGAUCAACUUUGAACCCUUCUUCUACAUAACAUAGUUCUCAUAGGCCGACGUAACUCAACGGCGAAGUCAAUGUUAGCGUAUGAUUACAUAUAAAGAUAGUAGAUAAAUAUAAAGAUAGUUAAUAAUUUAAUAUCCUCAUGGAGGAGACUGCAGUCAUAAUUAUAUUUCUUAACUUGUCCAUAUCAGUUGCCCCAAAACCUAAUUAACAACUUGGUUUGUACUUUUAUCAUUUAAUAUUUAUUGAAAAUUUAUUUUCCGUCGGGAAUCAAAGAGAUCUGAGAUCAUAUACAGUACAUAACCAAUGAUCUCAGGCAUCCCUCAAGGUCCUCUAUAUAAAAGUGGUUCGGACGUUCGGUGUUGUCUCCACUAUCCACCACCAGUUCUCGCAUUUGCAUGCCAAUAACAUGAAGGAAAUUGUGAUAAAAGUCAAUAUUAAUUGCCAGAUUUGCAAGACAGAUGUACUAAAAGCCGUUGCCAAGCUUACAGGAAUAACUAUGGUGGUAGUAGAUGGUGAGAAGGGAUUACUGAGAGUUGUGGGAGAUGUUGAUCCAGUGUUGGUGGUGAAACGACUAAGGAAGGCCAGAAAAGUAGCAGAAAUUGUAAGUGUUGGACCGCCGAAGCCUUCGGAACCUAAGCAAAUUCCUCCUGUAUUCCUUCUUCCUCCAUGUUGUAAUCAGUGUGAGCUUGUUGGGGUCAUCAGCUAUGCUCCUCAUUUUGAUGGUGGAGUGUGCAACAUCCUUUGAGGAGCAGAACUUCAAUAGUUCAAUAUAUUCAUGUUGUAUUUGCAAUAUUCAUUCCUCCAUGAUGUUAUAGUAACUUGAUAAUACCCCGUUUGUAAGAGUGAAUUUUAUCAUAUAUAUCCACCGCCAUAUAUAUUUGUUUUUGGAGGCUUAUGUAAUGUUAUUGGUCGAAACUUAAUUAUCAUAUAAUUUAAUAACUCGUGUUCUGCAUGUGAAAAAAAUUAUUUGUUUCUUUAAAAUAAUUUGGGUGAAUAUUUUUUUCAAAUGACUAAAUUCAAAAGCAGACUUGAUGAGAGAUCUCUCUCUUCUUUUUCCCUAGCUCUCAUCCCUCCGUCGUUUUCUUCCCUUCCCAACCCGCCUUUGACUUUGUGGUUGAUUUCGAUUGCAAAUUGGGUGACGUCUUUGUGUCACCUGAAGUUUAAACUUGUGGCAGUUUUGGCAUUUGCUUUCCUUUCCUCCCUUGGAGGGU